CAGUCCAUGAUAUAAACGAACUGUAGAGGCAUUUCCCUUCAAUAAUGGGUCCUGCCUGCCAUCUGGAGCUUCAUUAGCGAAUAUCUGAAUCAAGCAAUUGAUAACACUGAGGAAAGUAGAGAUACGGGUGACGACUGUUACAUUCCUCAGAUAUCUUCAGAUCUAUGAGUGAAAUCGAUUACCAGUUGAAGAGCUGAGGCUGUGAGACCUGUGUUAACAAUGGGGAAACCUUCAUGGGUUCGCACUGUUAUCACACAGUUGUCUCUCUGCUUGGCUGUCUUGCUUGCAUUCAACUUGGGUCGGCCUUGGGAGAAGCCCAUGUCCCAGAGCAGCAGUGGCAGUAGCAGGCCUCUUGACCUUUACUUUAUCAGUGUUAGAGGAGGAUUUAGACCUCUUAAUCAACAGACCCAUCUUCUCAAACAGAUGGAGAAGGCUGCAAAGACUUAUGAGGCAAGGUUUGUGAUAAACAUUAGUGAACUUGGGGAAGACGAUCCACUCACACAGAAUGGUACUUGGCGUUUUUCAACACUGAAAGUUCCCUGGUACAGUACCAGAGUUUCAAGAGGACGAGGAACAGGUUACUUCCUAAAGCAGAUCAAAAUACCUUUUGGGAAAACCUUAGACAUUAUUGGUUUGGAUACUGGGGCAUUUAAGGAUUUUAUGCUUAUGAAUCCGUUAAAUGGUGCUGGAAAUGAUCAAUUACACGGGCUGACAAAGACACUAGAAACAUCAGAUAGCGACUGGCGCAUAGUUGUUGGUUUCUGCUCAUUGGCUGUUUGUGAAGGAAACAGGGAACGAAUAGAAAUACAACUUUAUGAGCAUCUACACCAUAUUUUUUAUAAGUUUGGAGUGGAUGUUUACCUGAGUGGGGAGGGAUGUAGUGACUAUGCUCGUACAGAUAGUAUAGCCUACAUCAGGAACCCAGGUUCAAUAGAUGAAAAACUUCCUCUUGCUUCUGUAAAUGGAAUAUCAGGUUUUAGUAAGGGAAUGGUUAAUGGGUUCCUUCUUCAUAGAGUCAGCUCCUUAGAGAUUGAAACCUACUUUGUUAACUCAGCAGGGGAAGUUGUGCAUGAUAUAGUACUUCAACAGAGGGGCAAGGCAGCCAUGUAAUUUCUCGGCAAGGGGAAACUGUUAGGUGUAAAUAAGGAGGAGGAGCUAGCUUUGGAUGAUGGGCUAACCAUUUUGGUUUGCAUCUUCACAUAUUGAUAAAAGGGCUUGGCAGCCAUGGGAAGAUGGAGGUCUGGCAUUGCCUAUGCUGACAUUUGGUAAUGAAGAAGUAAUUCUGCUUUCAUGGGGCUAUAAAUAGAUACCAUGGGACCACAUAAAGCUAUGUGGACAAGGCUUGUAAUUUUUGCAGACCUGCCUUUACCAGGCUCUCAUCAAGUAAUCUCUUCCUUUCCUUCUUUCAUCUUGUUUAACCAUUUUGGAGCUAGUAGAUAUGAAGCUUGGUUAUUUGGGAACUUGGGAGUAGAGUCUGUGUAGCUAUGGCAUGUAGGUUUGAGAGGGUGAUGAUGGUUGAUUCCAUGGUGUUAUACGAAUCCUUGGUGUAUGGCUUUUAAUAAAUGGUUGCUGGGAUGAUGGUUCCAGGCUUGAGAUUU